AUGGCGCCAUUAGCGCUAGCGGCCGGCACGGCGCAUCGUCGUCGGAAAUGGCCGGAAGCGCGUCCUCUCGUCGCUGGACGCGUUACACGCAAAGCGCUGGUGCUUAUAAAGGAGCUGAAAACGAAGCCGCCUGCUAACGAGGAUGAGCUGCAUCAGAGGCUCGAAAACUGGGUGAAGGGCGUACGGCCGCACCGCCGAGAUCUGAUCGACACGAUUAAAGAGAUGGACACGGCUGAUACCAGGGAGCUGCUGUGCCAGGUCAUGCAGUGGUCUCUAUCGGAGGAAUGGUACGAGGCUGACGCCCGGGACUACACGAAGCUGGUGGAGAGGUUCGGCAAGGACGGGCGGCUGGGGGAGAUGGAGCGAGCGUUCACAGGCAUGGAGGCGGAUGGGAUAGCUCCAGAUUUGAUCUCCUUCUCUGUGAAGAUCAACGCUUAUGGGCGAGCCAAGGAGGUGGCAAAGGCCGAGGCGGCGUGGGAAGAAAUGAGGCUACGAGGCAUAACCCCCGACGCCAAGGCAUACACCACCAUGAUGACCGUCUAUGGCAAGGCAGGGCAGCCAGGCAAGGCGGAGCAGCUGCUAGACGCCAUGCUCGCUGCUGCCUGCAAGCCCUCCCCUGUCACUCUCUGCUCGCUGGUUACUGCUUAUGGGCUGGCCGGUCGCCCUGACGACGCCCAGAGGGUGUUUGACAAAGUGCUGGCCCAGACCGACAUUAAACCGGACUGCCAUGUAUUCACGGCCCUGUCAGCAGCCUUCGGAUUGAACGGGCGCACAGACGAGGCAGUAGCAGCGUUCAAGCGCAUGCUGGCUGCGGGGCUGGCCCCUGAUGACCGCUCUGUGGCCCGGCUGGUGGAGGCCCAUGGCAGCAUGGACAGGCAGCUGGACCGACAGCUGGCGCUGCUGGCUGGAGGGGUGGAGGGAGGAGCAGAGGGAGGAGCAGCGGGAGGCGAGGAGGGAGGAGAGGAGGGAGGGGAGGGGAGGAGAGGGGAAGAGGGGGUGGGAGUGGGGAGGAGGGAGGCGAGUGAGGAGGAGAAGCUGAGGCAGGCAGUGAGGCUGGUGUUGGAGCUGGAGAGAGCGGGCAUCAGGCCAGGCGUGGAGACCUACACUGCUCUCAUCUCACUGUUUGCCAGCCACGGGUUGGUGAAUCUGGUGUUGCAGCUGGAAGGAGCGGGCAUCAGGACUGGCAUGGAGAUCUACACUGCAUUCAUCUCCCUCUCCCCUUCUCGCAUCACCACUGCUUCCAUCCAAAAUCUUUUGAGGGAAGCAGCAGAGGUGUUUGAGGAGAUGCAGAGGGUGGGGUUGCAGCCCAAUGCCAGAACAUACACUCGCCUUUUCCAGGCCUACGCGCUGGCAGGGGACUUGGACAGCUGCUCCCAGGUUCGGAAGACGAUGCAGGUGCUGGGGUGGACACUCAACCCACCCAUAGUGCGGGGCAUGGUUCGUGCACUAGUGGCAGGGGGGCAGGGUGGUGCUGCUGCAGAGCUUGUGAGAGAGGCGGAGGAGGAGGAAGGGGUGGCGGUUGAUGGGGAUGUGAAGGAAAUGGCUCAGUCGCAUGCAAGGGAGAUGGUGCAUUGA